UUUUAAUUAGGAAACAAUCACUUAAAGUUGAUUUAAAGAUAUAAUAUUAAUUUACAAUUCACUUAAAGUUAAAUUUGUUUAAAUAAAAAAUAAAUAAUGCAUAGAAAGUAUCUUAGAACUUUGUGGGAUAUGACAGCUUUCCACAAGGAGUACAACAAAGAAUGGUUAUCUGUUAUUAACAAGUUGAAAAAGAAAGGUUAUCAAGGUUUAGAAAUUGCUGUCUAGUUUUCUUCAGAAAGCUAGUUAGAUGCCUUCAAAGUUAUUAAAGAUAAAAAAGAAUUGAGUUAUGUUGCAUAAAUUCACACUUGCGGCUAUCCAAUUAUUUCAAGCGAUGUAAAUGCACACUUGGAUUCUCUUAAAAAAGGUAUUGAAACUGCUCUUAAAAUUAAUCCAGAUGCUAUCAACAUCCAUUCUGGUCGUGAUUGUUGGACUUAAGACUAAACUUUAGAGUUUUUUAACAAAGCUUAGGAAAUUUAAUAACAUGUGAAUGUCCCUAUUUAGCAUGAAACCCAUAGAUAAAGAGCCCUCUUUAAUCCUUAUAUUACUAAAAUUUAUCACAUUGGGUUUUGGUUGGUGAAAGGUUCUAUGAUCAACAACACGAUAAAGAGUUCUUUGAUGCAUUUAAUAUAAUAAAAGGAAAUACAAGAUAAAUCCAUGCAAGAAUAGGUUCUCCUAAUCAAAUAUAAGUAAUACAUCCAGAAUUUGAAGUAGAGUCCUUAAAAUGGUAUGAUUAAUAAUGGAAAGAUAUAGCACAAACUUAAGAAAAGAAAGGGACACACAAAUUCUAUUACACUUGCGAAUUUGGUCCUCAGCCUUAUUCUAUUUUCAACCCAAAAACUAAAAAAUAGUUAAAUAAUACAGCAAAAAAUAACGAUUUUAUGCUUUAGCACCUUCUCAAUAAUCACAAAUGAAUAAAAAUAAAUUUAUAGCAAAAUAUUUUUAUGUAAAAAAAAUAAAUAAAUUGAAUAAAAUUCAUUAAAAUAAUUUUAAAUUACAAUCAAAUUUAUGAAAAAUCUUUACAUUUUAAUUUAUUCUUUCAAUGAUAGAUUUUUAUUCAAACUUAAAUAGAAAACAUUUGUUAAAUAUUUUAGCAUUAUUUGA